AUGGAAGGCGACUCGAUGCCCGCGCCGCCCACGCCGAGGCCGGGGGGCUCGCCGCGAAUCCUCGUGGCCGUCGACGAAUCGGACGGCGCCGAGGCCGUGAGUGCCGCACGUGCCGGCUCCGCCUCUCCGCCUUUACCCUCUUUCCAUCCUCCCGCCGUCUCCCUCGCCCUCCUUCCCCUCUUCCUUCCCCCCUUCCUCCAUUUUCUCACGUCCCCCAUCUCCGCCUUCCCCUCCUCAUCACACACCCGAUCUGUCGCCUUCCGCUACGCGCUCACGCUGCUGAGUCGCAGCGACAACAUAUACGUGCUGCACGUGCUGGACCCGCGCACAUUGGCAGCAUGGAGGGCGGAGGCCCAGCAGGCGGGGGCGGGCAGCAGCAGCAGCGGCGGCGGCGGCGGCAGCAGCGGCGGCAACGACGCGCAGGCAGCUAUCGACGCACGCGUGGAUGCUCUGCUGCACCGCUACCGCAAGCUGGCUCACGGCAAGGGGGUGAGUGUGGUGGGUGGGGUGAGUGUGGUGGGUGGGGUGAGUGUGGUGCAGUGCGCGUUGCAGAGAAACCCACUGGCUUAG